UUUUCUCUGCUUCAUAUACGCCUCGUUCUAUUACCGACUCGAAGAACGCUCAAAGUGUCGUCGGCUGGAGGAGGACGCCCUCGAGGUCCGGGAGGAAUGGCGGCCGAUCCUCACACCAUCCCCGAUCCGGGCCUCGACGGCGCCAUUCGCCAACUUCUCGACCAGCAGGCCGAUAUUCAAGCUAGGCUUGCCGCCUUGCUGCCCGUAAAGUAUGGUCCUAAUGUCAAGCUGGAGCUCGAUAUGCUCCGCCACAAAUUGCGAGUUUUGCAAGCCUACUCCGAAACUCAUCGCCUUUCUUCCACUGUCCCCGUCAUAUCUGAGCUUGAGGAGGCUAGAUCGUUGCAACAUCGGUGCGAGUGCAUCGAGGUUGCUUUUCUGGAACAAGGUCACGAUCUGUCAGACCCCAGCAUGGUAGACGCCCUUAAGCGAUUACUUUACGACGAAGCGCCGUCGGGAUACGCAGCCUGGUUGGAUCGUAAUCUUGCUAGUUAUGAUCCAGUUGUCCGUGGGUGGAAAAUAAGAGAAAGUUUGUCGCCGUCAUCUCGGACCCCUUCAUCCUUCAAAUGCUGGGACGAGCGUUGUAUACACUUCAUUUACGGCUUUUACAAUAAGGAUGACCGAGACAGCCACGCCCGAGAGCAUAAUGUCCACGCCCAUCGUGAUUCGGGUAUGUCCGUUGGCAACACUCCGCCUCUCCCCUUUCCUGAGCAUACGGUAUCUCGGCCGUGGGGUUCCGAUGCUGGAAAGCAGCCUCUGGCGUUUCAACUUCCGAAACUAUCCUCUGGCACCCAACUCGCUCCGUUGGCAACAAGCCAGCUCAGGGACCGUCGGGACACUUCGCAGUCCUAUUCAAUGGCCAGCGAGCAUUCCGGCCCUGGGCGAGGCUCUGUCGAUUCCGAGGUCGACCCUUUGCUCCCCCCUCUCAAGCGUAGUAGGGUUGGCCAGUCUCGACUACAGUCCAUUGGCGAGCUCAGGUUGCUCCAAGACUCUGGGCCUUGUUUGCGCUGCUUGGUAGAAAAGCAACCAUGCGACUCCAAUGAUCCUUGUCACUAUUGCAUAGACUACCCUCUAAGCCCUGGCAAUGACUUUUGGAAAGUAAUUGGGUGCCAUCGUGGUUCUCUGGGUGCUUUUUCAGACAUCAUGCUUCCAGCGCCAAUAUCCCCGAGACAAACCCAUACCCCGAUCACAUCACCACUCACUCAGCGGAGAAAUAUGAAUGACCACCUGGAAAACUAUUAUCGAAUUUCUCCAGACAUACUACAUGCUGUCAAGUCGAACCUCGACUUUGAUGACGGCUUCUGGUGGACAGAAGAGCUCGCGAACCUUCCCCUGGCCAAUACUACAACUUCAGCCUACUCUAGGGAAGCAGUCGAGCGACCGCCACCGAGUCUAAGCGUACUUACAGCGAGUUGGAACGGCGGUGGGACUACGUACAACUUUCUCCAUCUUCUGAAGACCAGUGGGCUGAUUGCAGCAACGAGAGACAUGGAAGAGGCCGUUUUCCCAGUCUUGUAUCGAGCGAAAGUGCUCUUGCGAGAAAUCAUAUUUUGGGACCUCGAACAACCGGAACCUUCGAUCUGCCUAGAGAGCGGGCCUCAGCACCGACCCCUAUUCAUCGACGAGGUUGACCAAGAUGCACAUCAUCGCCUGGUUUGCAACUGCAUGGCGCAGUUUCUUCAGGCUUUUGAACGGGCAACUAUCAAAAAAGUCCCACAAGACCCCAAAAGCUGGAUUGCCGUAUUUAUCGCAUUGUGCAUUUUCAGCGUUGUUCGCACGAUACUGGCGGGUCAUGCGUCUUACCUGCCAAGACGCCCGUCAUCCCAGCUGCCACCGGCUUGGAGAGGGACAGGAGGUGCGCAUGCAAUGCACGGCCUCUAUAAGCUCUUGGUCACGAUAUUCGCGAGUUCCGGACCAAUGCUCCUCGAAGAGCAAGUAUUCGACUUGGAUGACCGGGACAGGGCUGCAAUGGAAUCGCUUCAUGUAGUUGUCCGAAAAGGCAUUUGGACCCAGCAGGGUUUUGCGUCCUCCAAGGAGUUUCUGAUGCGCCUGGGAGAUGGUGAUACGGAAGGCACAACCACAUUCAAUGGCUUUCUCAGGCAGAGAAUUCCUCCGCGGACCGGUAUGUUCGUCCUACCACCCAUUGUUAAACCUGGGGAAGAACCAAGGCGUCCCAUGUAUGACCCCCGGGCUUUGGGCGAUCCCUGGGUCCCGCACCCGGCCUCGCUUCUGGACCGAGACCCUUUUGGUGCGACUGGUGGCCUUGACUACCUUACCUCCCCUCAGGGACUGGACCAUUUAGGUCGCAGGCACACAGUUGGAGAGAGUCCAACCUUACCCCGGGGACCCAUGCGGUCAUUGGAGUCUCCGCUUCCAGGCGGAAGAGGGCGACCUACAUACCAGCGGCCGCCCUUGCGUCGGGUCUACUGCAUCAAAUGUAAUGAAUACCCAGAAGGAUUUAGGGGUGAGCACGAACUACGAAGGCAUACCGACGCGAAGCAUGCCUCGUUAGUCAGGCGUUGGGUGUGCACCGAACCAGAAAGCUACAGUCCGACUCUGCCACAGCCAGUGAUUCCAUUAUCGAAAUGCAAAGCUUGCGUCACGCAGAAACGGUAUGGGGCGUAUUACAAUGCAGCGGCACACCUCAGGAGGGCACACUUCAAUCCGCAUAGGGGCGGAAAGGCUAGUGGAGACUGGCCCCCCAUGACCAUUCUGAAGGACUGGAUGAAAGAAGUGCGGCAAUCUGUCGACAUUCAGGACCAGGACGAUUCCAGUGGAGGGGAAGAGGUCGACUACAAACCACCGCUAGAAUAUUUUACCCAAGCACCGCCACUGCCCCCCGCGCCGGCCCGUUCUCCCACUUUUGGACCAUCGAUGCUGGCAGCAGUGCCGCCAAACGCUCCCUUAAUGAUCGCUCCCGCUGAAGCAAUGGUCUCGUCCCAGAUAAGCAGCCCAUCGAGCAAAACACUGGACAAUCGCACACGCUGCCCUCAUCCAGAUUGUGGCCGGGUGUUCAAGGAUCUCGCGGCUCACAUGCUCACCCAUCAAGAAGAACGGCCGGAGAAGUGCCCUAUAGAAACGUGUGAGUAUCACACCAAGGGGUUCGCGCGGAAGUACGACAAAAAUAGGCACGCUUUGACACAUUACAAAGGGACAAUGAUCUGUCCCUUUUGUCCUGGAGUGGGAACGGCGUACGAGAAAGCGUUUAAUCGAGCCGAUGUUUUCAAGCGCCAUCUAACGUCGGUCCACAACGUUGAACAGACACCCCCCAACAGCCGGAAGCUCAUUAUCAGCGGAUCCGGCAACGUCCGCGGCGAUGGCGCGAAGUGCUCAAUUUGCCAAAGCUACUUUGGCACGGCUCAAGAGUUCUAUGAGCAUCUGGAUGACUGCGUUCUCAACGUGAUUGUGCCGGCGUCAGCCAAAACACCCAGAGAAACUUCUGUAUUACCCUCAACGUCGGGGCUGGACGAGAGGGACCGACUAGGCGAUAGCGAGAAUAUCAACGUCAAAGCCGGGUCGCUUGUAGGCGAAAAGAUGGAUACUAAUUCCUGACAUAAAGGGCGGGUUGGUCGCUAAGUAAAUGCCGAGAAAGUUUUAUUACAUAUGCCCCAUGUGUAAGAUGAUUAUUCUUCUCCCG